UCUUCGUGCGCGUUGCCGUCGAGACGUCGAGUCCAACUUCCCGCAGGCGGGCGGAAGGCCGCAACAACUCCAACCACUCCGCCGCCCGCCGUCUCACUGACAGAUGGGCCACUCCCCCUCCCGGCACAAUGCCUGCGCCGCCGGCGACGGCGAGCACCGCCCGUCGCCGCUGCCGUCGCGCCUCGAGCGGUUCCGCCGCCGCCUCCGCCUGCGCCACCGCUCCGGCCGCCCCUCCGACGCUGCUGCCGCCGAGUCGUCCGGGAGGGCCAUCGACGCCGCGGAGUUCGCCGGCAUCGCGCGCAUCCGGAUAGUGAAGGCGGAUAUGCAGUUCAAGGACAAGUUCAUUGCGUGCCUCUCGCUCGGGGAGCGCACAUACCGCACCGAGAAGUCUGACAACACUUCUACGCCCGAAUGGAACUCUGAAAAGAAGGUUGUGGUAGAAACAAAUGGACCUCAUAUUGCACGCAUAUCUGUAUUUGAGACUAACAGAUUCUCCAAGAAUACUUUGGUUGGUUACUGUGAGGUUGAUCUAUUUGAAUUGCUCACUAAGGAUUUGGAUGAACACUCUGAAGUCCUUUCUCUGUUGGAUCCAUCAUCAUCAGCUACUAUUGUGGGCAGCAUAUCUAUCUCAUGUUAUAUCGAAGAUCCUGUUGAAACAGAACAAAGUUUUGCACGUCGUGUCCUGGCUAUAGUGGACUACAAUGAAGAUGGAAAGCUGUCAUUAUCUGAAUUCUCAGACUUGAUGAAAGCUUUUGGUAAUAAAUUAGCAGUUGCAAAGAUUGAAGAGCUUUUCCGCCAAGCUGAUACAAAUGGUGAUGGCAUAGUUGACAUGGACGAACUGGCAGCUCUACUAGCUGAUCAACAAGAGAGAGAACCGCUUAUCAGUAACUGUCCUGUCUGUGGUGAAAUUCUUGGAAAGCACGAUAAAAUAAAUGAUAUGAUACACAUGACACUUUGUUUCGAUGAGGGAACUGGUAAUCAGAUUAUGACUGGAGGAUUUCUAACAGAUAAGCAAGCAUCAUAUGGGUGGAUGUUUAAGCUCAGCGAAUGGGCUCAUUUUUCCUCAUAUGAUGUUGGUUUGCACUCAGGCUCUACUGCCUCGCAUAUCUUGGUUUUCGACCGGCGAACUAAGAGGCUAGUUGAAGAAGUCAUAGAUGGAAAGAUUGUGUUGUCCAUGAGGGCUUUGUACCAAUCAAAAGUUGGCCUCACUCUUAUUGACACAGGCGUCAAAGAUCUCUUGAAGAACUUAUCUGAGAAGCAGGGAAAAAAGAUGAACUCGCCUGAAUCUGCCAAAGAUAUUCCCAAGUUCCUUGAGUUGUUUAAGGAUCAGAUCAAUCUGGAUGAAGUCAAGGAUCCUCUUGAGAGUUUUAAGACAUUUAAUGAAUUCUUCAUAAGACAACUGAAGCCUGGGGCCAGACCAAUUGCAUCAUAUGAGGAAGACACUAUUGCUACCUGUGCUGCUGAUAGUCGUUUAAUGGCUUUCAGUUCUGUUGAUGAGAGCACACGAUUAUGGAUUAAGGGUCGCAAAUUUUCAAUUGAGGGCCUCCUUGGGAAUGAUUUACACUCUAAUGCAUUUUGCAAUGGUUCAUUAGUAAUUUUUCGUCUUGCACCUCAGGAUUACCAUAGGUUUCAUGUACCCGUCUCAGGAACUUUGGAGAAAUUUGUGGAAAUUCCUGGAUGCUUGUACACGGUCAAUCCUAUUGCUGUGAACAGUAAAUAUUGUAAUGUUUUCACGGAGAACAAAAGAGUUGUUUCAAUAAUCUCAACUUCAGAGUUUGGAAAGGUGGCAUUCGUGGCCAUUGGAGCAACAAUGGUAGGAAGCAUCACGUUCUUGAAAGAGAAGGGUGACCAUGUCCGCAAAGGAGAUGAGUUUGGGUAUUUUUCUUUUGGAGGGAGCACAGUAAUAUGCGUCUUUGAGAAGGAUGCAAUAAAAUUCGACGUUGAUCUUCUGGCUAACAGUGCCAGAUCACUUGAAACUCUCGUCUCCGUUGGCAUGACUCUGGGCGUCUCCACGAGGGGCAGAGAUCUGCAACCUCCAGAGCUGGAGAAAUGUUCGCUUGAAUGACGUGCCUAUAGUAUUUUGCAGGCAGAAAGGAGAAAGGUGUGCUUGAAAAUUAGCAGCUUCCAUUUCAUGGUAAAAUAGUGUAGUGUUGUGUUCAUAGUUAGCUUCUUAUUUUGAUCUACUUUCUGAAUUCUUGUAAAGUAAAUAUAUUAGAUCCUGCUACCAGGUGUAGCUACUCCCUGCACACUCAUGAUAUAUAUAUACACACACAUUUUUUCU